AUGAAGUUUUCUAAUCUCCUCCUCCUCGCUGCCGUCGCUGUGGCUGCUCCUUACCCCGUCGCCGAUGACGCUUCCGACAUCGCCAACGCCGACUCUGCCGGAGCCGUUGCCGACGUUGCCUCGGUAGAACAGCAACCGGCUAACGGUCAAGCCCAGGUGGCUCCCGACGCUCCCACCACCAAGCCCUCUGCCAACGACAUUAAGAACGCUGCUAAGAGUGCUGGUGCCACCGUCAGUGACGCUGAUGCCAACAAGAUCGCCAAUGCCUACCAACAAUCGGACGAAGCCGGUGACCAGGCCGUGGCUCAAGUGCAAGGGGCGAGCUUGCCUGAUGCUUCUAAUGGCGUGAUCUUCUUGCCCAAGGACAAGUACUUCUACUUCUCGAUUGGUGGGAAGAAGUACCAGUACUUUGGUUUCCACAGAGGCCACGGGUGGAAGUGGGCCUGGGGUUUGAAAACCACCUGGACUUGCAAGCUCGUCAUCUUCUGCUACCCCACCAGCUUCGACUCGUUCUUCAAAGGCUCGUUCUGGUAG